AUGUUUGCGCCUCCGCAGGUAUCGUCCGCAACACCACCGAAACCCCUCAGACCAAAACCGAGGCAUAGCUACGUCGUUCCUAUGGAGUUGAUAGGCACACAAAAAGCCCUUGGCCCAGACAACUGGAACGAAUACGUAUACCUCAUGGAGCAGCUCUGGACCGAAGAAAUCACCUUUGACGAGUUUGGCGUGCGCACGAAACGGAUAUUCCAAAUGUUCGAUGAGAGUAUUCGGAAGAGGUUGAACAAUACAGUGGCGAUGAAGAUGAUAGUGCCGCGGCUAGAGGAAUUACGGGAGAGAGGUCAAUCGACUAAGGGUACGGAAGACGUCUAA